AUGGCUAGAAAAAAGGUGAAGCUUGCUUUCAUUGAGAAUGAUACCGCAAGAAAAUCAACAUACAAGAAUCGAGAGAAGGGUUUACUGAAGAAGGUUGAUGAACUAGCAACCCUUUGCGGUGUAGAGGCUUGUGCCAUAAUAUAUGGCCCCUACGAACCACAACCUGAAAUCUGGCCAUCGGCGUCCGGAGUACAAAAUGUGCUUUCGAAAUUCAUGACAAAGUCUGAGUUCGAACAAAGAAAAAAGAUGGUGAAUCAGGAGAGUUUUCUGAAAGAAAGGAUUUCGAAGGCUGAAAAGCAAUUUGAAAAGCAAUGGAAAGACAACAGAGAGAAAGAGAGAACCAUGUUCUUGUUUGAAUGUCUCAGUGCUGGGAACGUGGUACAGAAGGAUAUGUCGGUGGCUGGUUUGAAUCAUCUUGCUUGGAUGAUUGAUCAGAAUCUUAAGGAGAUUAGCAGAAGGAUUGAAGCAGAUGAUAGAAACAGUAAUACUCAUCAAAGUGAAAAUCAAAUCCAAAUGGAACAGUCACUGCUGCUACCAUUGGCGCUGCCACCACCAACCAUGUCCAAUAAUGAAGACAUUGCAAUGAUGAGUCAUGGCCAUCUUCCACCACCACCGCCACCACAACCAACCGCGCCGAAUAAUGAUGAAAUUGCAAUGAAUAAUAAUGACAUCAUGAUGAAUGGUGGUGAACUUGAAGCAAUUCCAUUUGGUUAUGAUGCAAAUCUUUAGAAUGGAUUGUGACCUAAUUUACUGCCUUGAAUGGUGAUUAUGGACUUGAUGAUGCAUAUCCUUGGAGGUGGAUAUGAAGAAUUUAGUCCAAAUUUGA